ACACACUAAAUUACUCCCAAGUAAGAAGAAUAUAUGAUACAUUCUAAUAGAAAUGAGUUUAAUUGGUUUUGUGCAGUAACACGUGAAAGGGAGGGUCACUGUGCUCUUAUAAAAUGCACCUCCAAAGUAUCCUAUCAUAAAAUACAUUCCCCUGUUCCUUAGCUGGAUUGAUCAUUCAGGUGGAUUUUUUAAAAUCCAAAUACUAAAGAUGAAUGUGCUCUGUUUUUCUGUACUUGCUAUUUUAUGCAGGUUUGCUUCAAGUGCAGAUUGGUGCUAUCAGUCUCAAGUAUCUUGCAACAAUCAUUCAUGCAUAGGACCGGAUGACUGGGCAUCAGUAGCCACAGCCUGUGGAAAUACAAAACAGUCACCCAUUAACAUUAUAACAAAGAAAACUGUCUUUGACAGUCAUCUAACCCCAGUGCAGUUUACAGGCUACCAAGAUACAAUCAAUACUCUCAUUACAAACAAUGGACACACAGUGCAAGUUAAUCUGCCAGACAGAGCAGCAAUUAGUGGAGCCAAUUUAGGAGCCAAUUACAAAGCUCAGCAGCUUCACCUGCACUGGGGCAAGAACGGUGGACCUGGAUCAGAACAUACUAUAGAUGGAGAGAAAUAUCCUAUGGAGCUUCACAUUGUACAUAUAAAAGAAAAGUACAACUCUGUGGAACAGGCCAUUAAUGACACGUCUGGAGUUGCUGUUCUUGGAUUUUUUUAUGAGGAGUCACAAAGUGCCAAUAAAAAAUAUGAUGGCAUCAUAAAUUCUCUGAAAAAUAUUACACAUCCUGGCACUAAUGGAACGCUGUCAGCUGUAUCAUUAGACAUGCUCAUUCUCCCCCAUAAUGAAUUGGAGAGGUACUUCCGCUACCAGGGGUCCCUCACCACACCAGGCUGCUCUGAAGCUGUGGUCUGGACAAUAUUUGAGAAAGCGAUACCACUCAGCAAGGAACAGCUUUCUGCAUUUUCAACCCUGACGUUUUCUGACGGGACUGCCAUGGUAAACACAUACCGGCCCAUUCAGCUGCGGGCUGGACGUGAAGUUUAUUAUUCUAGGAGUUAUGUUUUUUGUGUUAGCACUGCCUUAAUGGUCAGCUCUGUUUUCACAUCCUUCUAUGUUCUCACUGUCUAACUUAUGGUUAUCUAUUUGGGGUUUUGCUCUGAAGCAAGUUAUUUAUCAUUCAUCAAUAAUUCAUGGCAAAUCAAACUUUAUAAUCGUUUAGCCAUGUGUGGCUUCACAAUGUAUGUAGCAUAAAAUUAUCUAGUAUGAAAGGCAGGUAGUCAACUCUCCACAUCCAACGUCUGAGGUCUUCUCAAAUUUCUCUAUCUGUACCCAAUGAAAAUUAAUUCUAUAAAAAUCUGAAUUUUGACAUCCAUUGAACUUUCACUGAAUUAACUGUUGUGAAAAAAAAAAACAUUUAACUCUGUCCCAAAUUUUGCGUGCAACCGUUACUGCACAAUAUUCCCUGUUACAAGAAUGUAGAAUGCUUGAUUUGUGGAAAGUUUAAAUUAACAAGCACAAAAGGACAUUGUAUAACAUUAUACAGCAUAUAGAGGAACAUGGUUGCUCAUGUGAUAUUAUGAGACAAUACUUUGAGAACUGGUCUUAAUGAUUUUUAUCAUUCUAAUUACUGUAUUCUUGUUUUUCUGCAUUUGUAAA